AUGUCUUUUUCAAAGAUACCGAAACCAUGUCCGAUCUUUGCCAUUCUAUUCAUCGCAACAACGAUGAUGAUGCUCCUGGAAUUGACGAAUUCUCAACGACAAAAUGUACAAUGGAGUACUUGUGAUCAUUAUUAUGAUUUUCAAAUUCCGGAAAAUACUCAAUUCCUUCCGAGGUCAUCUCUCUCAAAGGAACAAGUCAUGUAUUUUCCAAUUGUGGAUGCUAUUAAUGAUCUAAACGCUAGAAAAAAUCAAACCUACCUCACAAAAGCCGAAUGUUCUCAAUUUGAGGUCCCACUCGAUCAUUCCUCCAACUUUACUGCCACUUCUGCUCGUAUAAAAUUAUUCAUCAAGAGAAUACGAGGAUCUAAAACACAAAAUUCUCCUCGUGCAUUAUGGUUAUUAGCUGGAGGUCCUGGUCUCGCAAGUAAUAUUUUCGACCUACUCAUAGAUCUCUUGUCAAAAUUAUUGGGAGAUACAUUCGAUAUCUAUACGACCGAUCACAGAGGAGCUGGUCGAAGUGCUCGUGUCACUUGUACCUUAACUCAGGCUGAGACUUUGGGAAGUGAUGAAGGAAUUACAAUUUCACAGAAAGAAUGGACCAAACCAGGAUGUGCUCAAGCUUUUGCUGCUGAAUGGAAUGACAUGUCACAACAUUUUUCUUCAAAGGCAGCUGCUAUCGAUGUUGUGAAAUUAAUUGAGGCUAUUAAUGUUCCACAAAAUCAAAAAACAUUUGUGUAUGGAGCCAGUUAUGGAUCGGUGUGGAUUUCUCGUAUCAUUCGUUAUCUUGAAUUGAAUCAACAACAAGUUUCACAAAAUUUAAUUUCUGGAUUCAUCAUGGACGGUAUUGUGAAUGUGAUUGGAAAACCAGCGACGCCAAUGAAUGAACUCAAACAAUGGCCAACCGAAUCCUCUUCGAAUAUCAAAUCUGGACGUUUGGUGUUAAAUUCAUGGGAUGAAAAUUUCAAUGGUGUUGGAAACGCAUUGUUUCAACUCUGUGGUGGAAAUUUGACAGCAAUGUCUCUCGCUCAACAAAUUUCACCACUCUCCGAUACUUCGAUUUUCACACAUCCAAAACUAUAUGAAAAAGUGGCAAAAGAUUGUCGAGUAAUAUUUGAAAAACAUUUACUCGAACAUGACAAUGACAUGUCAACGUACGUGAGACACGUUUUGAAUAAUGUUUACCAUCAAGAAUCUGGAAGUUCUUGUCGACCUGUACGAGAUGCUCUUCCAGAAUUGCAAUUGAAAACUCUGUUCCAAAUUUUAUUAGCAGAUUUAUAUGGAAGAGCGUUGAUCCCUGCGAUCAUUUAUCGUUUGGAUCGAUGCGACGAGUAUGUGGACAUUCCAUUUGUGCUUCACGUGUAUGAUGUUGUCAUGAAAACACCAACUGCUUCACCACAACGAGUUCCAUUGCAAUCUCCAGUGUUGCAAGCCCAUGUCACGUACUCUGAGUUGUGGAAUCCCAAUUUUAGUAUUCAACAAAUGCUUUCAGAAUAUAACAGUACCAACUCGACGUUCGGUGGUCAAGUCAUUCAAAUGGCCUCUCUCUUUCAAUUGACAGAUUGGCCAACAUAUCAAUUGGAUUCUGCCUAUUUUGAAAAGUCCUUUUCUCUUCCUCAAAAAACUCCUCUUCUCAUGAUGAAUGGUAAUUUAGAUCCUCAAACUCCCUUAUGGUCUGCUCUUUCACAGAAUGCAUCCAUCAUUCAGAGCGAGAGUGGAAAUGGUCUCUAUGAUUUGGUCAUUGUUCCAUUUUCCCCUCAUGGAGUCGUGGUAGGUCCUACAAGUCGCAACUCCUUAAUACCUGUAGGUCUUCAAUUAUUAGUGAAUUUCAUAACCAUGGAAGAACCGAAUCCAUUCACACUGAAUCGAACAUGUUUAGAUGAAGUUGAAUUUAAUUUCACAGGAUCUCUUUAUUACAAUCAACGCAUGUAUGGAGUGUAUAAUUUAUAUGAGGAUUCGUACUAUGCAGAGAAUUCAGGAAAUGCCACAGUGAGUUUGUAUUUGAUGGUAGGCCUGUUGGUAGGAACUUUGAUUGUGGCCAUUACGGUAAUGAAUGGUCUUAUUUAUUACAUUAUUACUUUGAGAGAUAAGAAGAAGAUUAAGGUUUUAGAGGACGAGUUUGAAUAA